AUGCGGAGACUCUUGAGUGCAGCGUUUCUCCUGUUCACCAUUGCGAGUGCAGCGCCAGAUUUCGUCGUCGACUUCACCCAACCACAAGCUGGAACUCCCGCAGUGGACAACGACACUAUCGCAGACGAUGGCAGUCUAGAGCUGGUAAAAAGGCAAAACAACUGCCGUAAUGGCUACUCUCCCUGCAUCAAUCUCAAUGCACCCGGCCUCUGCUGCGAGAUCGGUGACGUCUGUUCCCGCGACGCCGCCAACAACGUCGCCUGCUGCCCUGCGAACUCAGCAUGCACAGGAACCAUCCGACCCGUAGUCCCUACCGGUACCCCGACAAGCGCAUCCUCCUUCGUGGCCGGCACAACUCAAACAACCUCGUCGUUCGUCCUCGCCACCACCACCACCGGGACAUCGAAUUCGUUCGUGCAAUCCAGCGCGGCGGGGUCCUACGUCCGAUCCAUGGUACCGAAUACCUUCUACCCUUUCCCAUACAUACCGACGACUUACAUCAACGCAGCCGCUUGCUCUCAGGCUUAUACUAGCUGUCAGGCGGAUGCUAUGAGCUGCACGAGUGCUCUGGCGAAUGGCGUUCCCGGAGUCACUGUUUCCGCACCAAAUGGAGGAGCUACAAUCACGGCGAUUGCAAGUCUGGGACCUGAGAGGGCGGCCGCUGUGUGCGCGAGUUUGAGCAGUCAAGCGUGUUCGGGGCUUAUUGUCGAGGCGUGUGCGAGGUUUGGGGACGGGGCUGGGAGUGCGGGUGGAGCAAGGACACUGUGCGGAGGAAUGUACGGGGUAGGCGCUGGCGUGGCGGUGGGCAUUGCUGGCCAGCUGCUGCGGUAGGGAUGGAAUAUCGGCAGUGUGAGCUUUCGAUUCUGUGUGGAUAUAGGUAUGGGAUGAGUAUAAAUGGGUGGGUGAUGUGUCACGACAUUGCUUUCGCAUGGCGUUGGAAGUAUGCAAUUCAAGGGUGUUUAAGCGGGCAAUGAAGUUCAUGGAGGAGAGUAUCUUAAGUUUCGAGAGUCCAUGAUAUACACAGUACUUUGGUUUUGUGUCAGCGUGGUAUUGAUAUCAUUCCGGAAAGUCAUUCAUUGUACAAGUGAAUUCAC